GGGCAUUCUGGGAGCGGCAGCCGCCCUGCCCUCCGUGGGAGCGGCGGUAGGGGGCGGGACUCCCACAAUGCAUUGAUCGCAGUCACGUGGCGGAGCCUGGCCGCUUUCCCCGGGGGGGGAGGGGUAAAUUAGUCUAGUUGCAAUAAAUUGGAAGAAAUGGAAGAAAGGAAGAUCAAGAGGAGGAGCCCCAAAUCAUCUACCAGUCACCCUGCUCAGGUUGCUAACUCCAAGAAAAGCUCAGUGCCUAUCAGUAAAAGCACAGCCUUUUCAAAUCCUGCUCCACAGCCUCCAGUCCAAAAACCAAAGUUAAAACGUAUAAUAAAAGAGAAAGCCAAACCUCCAGGAGGUGAAGCAAAAGGGGCACAAGCAGCACCAAUCCAGCAUUCUUUUCUCACAGAUGUAUCAGAUGUCCAGGAAAUGGAAAGGGGACUCCUGAGCCUCCUGAAUGACUUCCACUCUGGCAAACUUCAGGCAUUUGGGAAUGAAUGUUCCAUAGAGCAAAUGGAGCAUGUGCGGAGUAUGCAGGAGAAGCUUGCUCGCCUCAACCUAGAGCUCUAUGGGGAGCUGGAAGAACUCCCUGAAGACAAAAGAAAAACAGCCAGUGACUCCAACCUGGAUAGGCUGCUGUCAGAUCUAGAAGAACUGAAUUCAUCUAUCCAAAAACUACAUUUAGCAGAUGCUCAAGAUAUUCCAAAUAGUGCUACGGGAUGAAAGAACAGCUCUGUCAAUUUGGAUUCUCCCAGAAGCUUUUCUUUUGUUUUUCCUGACAGUGGAAUCUGGAACAGUUAUUUUGUUUUUGCUUUUAGUUUACACAAUGAACAAUCAAAGUGCAAAUCCAAGCGUUUAUUUUUGCACAUUCCUCUUCAAGCACUGUAUUAUGUCAGGACUCUGUAUCUAGAGUUUUGAGUAGGUUGUUGUGACACUGUGCUUUUUAUCAUUGCCUUAUUUAAUUGAAAUAUUGGGGAAAUGGAGGAGUGCAUUUCUUCUGCUCACUGUUGUUCUGUGGUUGAAAGUGAUAUAUGUAUAUAAGUUCAUUAGCAUUUUUCCAGUUUUUAUGAAGGUAGAGAUGAUGUUGCCUUUCCGAUGAGUACACAGACAAUCUGCAAAUUAUAUCUUCAGUGUUUGAUCAGUGAUGCCACAGAUUAAGUUAUUGUUAACAAAGCAAAACAUUUAAAACUUGACGUUACACUUUGACAAGUUGUAUCUGUUCAGCUGUGUUAAGAAAAUAGUUCUUGCAUAGUCUGAAUGUUUGCAGAGUUUACUUGUUUUGAUUACUUGAAUAAUCCUAAAAUGUCACAAAAUUAGAACUAGCAUGCAUGCUAGCACUCCAUGUGAUUUGAUAAAGUAUUGUGAAAUUCCAAAAUCGGGCAAACAGUUAUUGUUC